AUGGCCCCUGGCAUCUGUGCCUGUGCAGCGCUUUUCCUGUGCACCUUCCCUGUGAGCAGAAACUCUUCUGAGUGUCAGAGGCAAGGGCAGGAGUGGGCUGGCUCUUUUUCGCAUCACAGAUCAUGUCCUGAGUCAGCAUCCCUGGGAGACAACAGCCCUACAGCUGCUUGCUAUCCAGUUGGUGCGCUGCGUGUGGAGUUUUCCCAGCCUGUAAACCUGGAAGAAGUGGCAAGAAUAAAUCCAGAGAUCAAAGCAGGAGGUCGUUUUGCUCCGAAGGACUGUAUAGCACUUCAGAAAGUAGCAAUAAUCAUCCCGUUCAGGAACCGAGAGGAGCACCUGAAGUACUGGCUCUAUUACUUGCACCCAAUUCUCCAAAGGCAGCAACUCGAUUACGGAGUAUACGUUAUCAACCAGGAUGGAGAGGAAGAAUUUAACCGUGCUAAACUGCUGAAUAUAGGAUUCGCAGAGGCUUUGAAAGAGUAUGACUAUGAUUGCUUUGUGUUUAGUGACGUAGACCUCAUCCCAAUGGAUGACAGGAACACCUACAAAUGUUACAGCCAGCCGCGGCACCUCUCUGUAUCCAUGGAUAAAUUUGGAUUUCGGUUGCCUUACAAUCAGUAUUUUGGAGGUGUGUCUGCCUUGAGCAAAGAGCAGUUCACAAAGAUCAAUGGGUUCCCAAACAAUUACUGGGGCUGGGGUGGCGAAGAUGAUGACAUUUAUAACAGGCUGGUGUUUAAAGGCAUGGGGAUAUCCCGUCCAGACGCCGUCAUUGGGAAGUGCAGAAUGAUUCGGCAUACCCGGGACAGGAAGAAUGAACCCAACCCUGAGAGGUUUGACCGAAUUGCUCACACGAGGGAGACAAUGAACUCUGACGGCUUAAAUACACUAUCCUACAAGGUGUUAAGAACUGACAAGUACCCUCUGUAUACAAAGAUCACAGUGGAUAUUGGCUCGCCAAAUAGCUAACAUCUGAGAUACAACAGAGACUUGCCUGUAUUGCCCAGGACAUCUGGCCUCACUGAUGCAUUAUAUCUGCUGAUUUUAUAACAACUGCAGUGAACCAAAAAAAGGCCUCUUUUGGCAUGCCAAAGUGUCUCCAAAUUGGUUGGACAAGUGCUUUUUUUUUUUUUUUAAAUGUUUUUAAAUUCUAAACUUGACUUUACACAACUUUCUAGCUCUCCAUUGUUUUGUAAGUCCAGAAGUUGUAUAUAGGAGUUGUAAAUAUUUACCAGAAAAUGUUGAAUCUGAUCUAUUUGCUGCAGUACUCCCCAUGGGUUGAGUAAAUUUCUGGACCCAAAUUUUACUGAUUAUGACUGAUGUAUCAACAAUUACUGCCCAUGAGAUUUGGUAUUUUACAUGAGGUGCGUGCAGACAUUCUUUUUAAAUCAUUCCUGGUUUUACUUUAUGAAGGACUGUAAAAUGCUGCUAAAAUUGUACAAGUUUACGCUUUGCAUUAGAUUUUAAUUUUUUUUGUUUAAAGGAGACAACAUCACACAUUUUUUUUUCUCAUAGUGACCAAAACAAACAUCUUCUCUGUGUGCAGAGCAGGUGUUGAACAAUCAGUUCUGGAUUCAAUGAAUGUUAUUAUUUCUCUUCGUCUCAAAGGAGGCUUUGAGUGAGUCGAGACAGAGUUUGCCGGAAUUUGUCAGUGAGCUCUCUGCAUAGGUUGGGAGCUACACAGGCAGCAUCUGCAAAAACUGCUGGCUUCAGAUAAUGUUACUUCUGGGUAUGAUAGAGCCUAUUUGCUUCCGCACAACAACACUCGGGGGUUUUCGGGGGUGUUGAGAGGGGUGGAUUUGUAGUGUUGGGUUUUUUCCCCCGAAAUAAAGAUUAAUUUAAUUGCGUGAUUAAAUUAUGGCCUUAGAAUUUGCCGACGCUUGUUAACAGUGGUAGGAAGUUACCACGCCAUUUAAACAUUGUCUGAAGCUUCAUAAAACCAAAAUUCUCUCUUGCAAGAUUGUGCAUAAAACUUGAAAUCUCUUAUUACCUUUGUCGUUGUCGUAACAUUUUAAUAACUUUUAAAAGUAAUUUGUGUAUCAUAAGCAGUAUAUUUAAUACCAGAUUAAAGUAGGGUGCAGCAUAUAAUAGGAUAUGAUUCAAGGCCUCCUCUAUCUUUAGACUAGUAGGCUUUUUGUGUGCGUCAUUCUAUAUAAGCCACGUAUCAUAUUUGCUCUGCAUAUUUGUCCGUGAAAUCUCCUGCGGUGCUGAGAUACUCACAGCAGGGCUGACAUCCAAAUGAUUUUCCUUCACCUAAAGCCUGUUUGCAGUGCGUGUACUCCAUCUGGAACCUCCUUUCUGAUGGUCUCAGGCUUUGAGGGCCAUGCACAUUCUGCAGUACUGUUUUCUGUCAGUGCACCAGGGCACCCCCUGUACAGACCCUGCCUCUCCUUCCCAUGACCAUAUGAAAGCCUGAAGUGCUGACACCCGUGGAGCUCGUUUAAAUGAUUUAAAGCUCUUAGCCAUAACCGAGAACUGAAUUCCUUCUGGUGAGUGCUUUGCCACCAGCUCUGACCACAGCAAUUUGCACUUCCUUGGCCUGUGCUGAAGGCUGUUACAAUCAGGGACACUUGUUGUAUUGGGGAUCAUCUUCAGCACUGCCUUUAGUUUUUUGGCGGUUUUUUUUUUU